AGGGGAGCGGUGCCCGGCGGCCAUAUUGAGCGUGGCAGGAAGGCCUGUCCUCCCCCAGCCCCGGGUGGCUGUUGGCGUCCUCGACCCUCGCGGGGCCCGAGAUGGGAAGGGGAGACCCAGGGCAGGACCAGGCGGCUGCGGCGAGGCGGAGCGGGACUGCCAUUACCCACCCAUCUCGCGUGUAGCAGGGAAGUCGGGUUGAGGGCAUGACGUUAUCCCGUGGAGCGGGCAACGACUUCACACCGCUAAGGCUACAUUCCCCAUCAAAGGCAAAGAGACCCUGCUGACACUUUUCUGCUCCAGUAGGAGAGGAUUGCUUUCAAACGUCUCGCGCCUGCUGUGCGGCAUCUGGAGCUGAGCGGAGCUGCCGGGAGGGCACGCGUGACUGGAGCCGCAGCUGCAGGUUGGGGGGUGCCGGCUGCUCCAGCUCUUGAGAACUCACCAGGGUCAGCGGAACACCUACAAGCCCACCCCACCGAGGAGAUCGACUCAGCCUGGCCACCCUGUGCAGCAUGUCCCUCCGCGAGCAUGCCCUGUCGCUCUUCCGCAGCGCAGUGGGCACUGUCCGACCAGCCCCGAUGCUGAAGAGCGCCUUGAAGCUCCAGGGAGACGGGUGUACUCAGCUGCUGGUGAAGGGACGGGCCUUUCCAGUGAAGAGGGACCUGUACCUGGUGGGUUUCGGCAAAGCGGUGCUGGGGAUGGCUGCAGCGGCAGAAGAGAUCCUGGGAGACCACCUCGUUCGGGGGAUCGUCAAUGUGCCGCUGGGCAUCCAGAACAGCCUGCAGCGAGCGGGAAUGCAGGAGAUGCUGCUGAAGCCACACAGCAAAAUCCAGGUCAUUGAAGGUGCCAAGAACAACCUCCCAGACCAAGAAGCUCUGAAGGGAGCGGUUGCCAUCCAGGAGCUGGCUAAGGGUCUGACCGCAGAUGAUCUGCUCCUUGUGCUCAUCUCAGGGGGUGGAUCAGCCCUACUGCCUGCUCCCAUCCCGCCCAUCCUUCUUGAAGAGAAGGAGAAGCUCACAAAGACACUGGCUUCCCGAGGAGCUGCCAUACAGGAGCUGAACAUUGUCCGGAAGACUCUGUCCUUGCUGAAGGGUGGAGGGUUGGCCCGGCUUGCAUAUCCUGCACAGGUGGUGAGCCUCAUCCUUUCUGAUGUGAUCGGUGACCCCCUGGAUAUCAUAGCAAGUGGCCCCACUGCUGCCAGCUCCCACAGCAUCCAAGACUGCCUUCAGAUACUCACCAAAUACAACUUGCUGCAAAGCCUGCCCGAGUCAGUGGAAACGGUCCUGUCCCACUCUCCCACCAAGCCCACCGCUCCUGAAGACUACUCCCACGUUUGCAAUGUCAUCAUCGGGUCAAAUGCGCUGGCUUUAGAUGAGGCCAAACGCCAAGCUGAGGGCCUGGGCUACGCGACAUUGAUCCUGAGCGCAGCGAUCUGCGGGGAGGUCAGCCGCAUUGCCGCGCUGUACUGCCAGCUGGUCCAGCUGGGCUGCCUGGGCUUGGCUGGCCUUGGAGAAGGGCCCCAGGGUGACAAGGCGAGAGGGAAUCUCCUGCAGCUGGCGGCAGAGCUGGACAUCCCAGGUUUGAACCUUGCCGAGUUCCUGCAGGCCAUGCGAGGUUUAGGACCUGAAAGACCAGUGUGCAUCCUGGCUGGCGGAGAAACCACGGUUCAGCUGCAAGGAACCGGCAAGGGAGGCAGGAACCAGGAGCUGGCCCUGCGCGUGGGGCUGGGGCUGCACCAGGCACAGGCUGCGGAAGGCAGGAGCCUCGCGAGGUGUGACGUUGUCUUCCUCAGCGGGGGCACGGACGGGCAGGAUGGGCCAACGGAGGCGGCAGGGGCUUUCUGCAGCCCCGAGCUGGUGCGUGAGGCGCUGCGGGACGGCCUCGACGUGGAGGCAUUUCUCAACAACAACGACUCCUAUACAUUCUUCAGCCAGUUCCAAGAUGGGCGUCAUCUCCUGGUGACAGGCUUGACGGGCACCAAUGUCAUGGACAUCCAGGCCAUUUUGAUUAGAGCCAUGGAGAGAUCAUGAGAGCUCCCUCUGCAGAUAUCCAGAUGCAUUUCAUUAAGACUUGGGGAAAAUAAAGGCACUGCAACACUGCA